AUGAAAAACAGGUGUAUCACUGUAGAGUCACGGUUGAGUCAUGUUAGAAACUUAGUUAUAUGUACUGAUGAUCAAUUGAGCUUAUUAAUUACCGAAAGAAGAAAUAGAAAUGCCGAGUAUCACAAUAUUCCUAGAAGUAGUAGGGUGGAUUUUUGGAAUAAUAUUGCGGAUAUAAUUAAUAGAAGAUUUAGUACCAACUAUACGGGAUAUCAAUGCAAGGGUAAAUUUCAAAAUCUUGUAAGGGAUCACACUUUGAUGUGCCAAUAUAUGGCAGGAAAUCGUGCAGGAUGUAGAACCAAAACCGAAGUACGAUACUUUGAGGAAUUCUGCUCAUGUUUUUGGGAAAGACUGGAAACACAGUUUGAUCAAAUACAUAACGUAAACACAUCCUCGAGAAGAAGAGAAGAAAGACAGCGAAACCGCACUUCACCACCAACCUACGAAGAAGUUUCAUCAAUGAUAAAUAUAAGUCAUCGUGAAUCUCCCACCAGUCAAAGAAAUCGAUCUGCAUCCCUGACCCAGAGAAAUCCUACCAGAAGAGACGAAACUACUAAUCGAGAAAAUGUAAGUAAUGUAAAUGAUGCGGAUAGGAAUUCAGGCCAUAACACUAAUGAUGUAGGUAGAAAUUUAGAUAAUGCGACAUACUUAUCUUUACCUCAUUUGGCAAAUACUACCUCAACCCCUAAUAUAUCUGCAUCACAAAAUGAUAGUGAUAUUAGUAUGCCCGAUAUAGGAGGUAGCCAACCUUCCUGUAUGGAAAAUAUAAAUGAAGAGGAUUAG